CGGAUUCGCAACAAUGCCUUUCUUGUUUUAAACCGUAGCUCGCUGGCUUGUUGCUAUUAAAGACGAUCCAUGAUCUGGCGUGCACCACAAAGGCAAAAUAUGUACGAGAUACCAAGAUCUGUUAACCUAUGUCUUCUGCACUUUGGAAACCACAGAUCUUUAAUCCACUUUCCUGAUCAGACUUAUCGCGAAGGGGACUUUGAACAAAAAGCGCAACUCAGGUCUGGUAACAGCGGAAGAGUAGAAGACAAUAGAGAUUGGAUUAACGGCAGUAGCAAGUGUGCUACGAAAGAUAGCUCAAGAAAAAGAAAAUGCAGUAGUUUAGAUAACAAUGAGGUCAUCAGCGAUGCAAAACUGACGCAGGAUGAACAACAUAGUACGAACGAUUUCAGAAAAAAGAUAAAAAUUGAACACUCUGCUGAAUCCCCAAAUGGCGCCAAAGACACACCGGAUGCCUGUCUCUCUUUUCAAAAACCCACAGUUCAGAGACAUAUCAAGGGAAAAGCGCGAAACAAAGGCAAAUCGGAGUUUCAAGUUGGUGGCUUCAAGGGAAGAGCGUCUAAAAAGCAGAAUCCUUGGGGAAGCGAAUCGUACUCUGAAAUGAUCUCUAAGGCUAUCAUGUCAUGUCCCUCGCAGGAGGCAACACUACACACUAUCUAUGAGUGGAUAGUGAAUAAUGUGUCUUACUUUGCAGACAAGGCAGAUUACCCCUCAACACACGGCUGGAAGAAUGCUAUUCGCCAUACGCUAUCCAUAAGGAAACGUUUCACAAGGAUUAUAGACAUUUCCAGUCCGCACUCGUCAUUAUGGACUUUCACGCACAAGGCUAUUAGCAAUAGAGUAAUACUUAGAUGAUGAAAACAUUCACGCACAAGGCUAUUAGCAAUAGAGUAAUAUUUAGAUGAUAAAAACAUUUACGCACAAGGCUAUCAGCAAUAGAAUAAUGCUUAGAUGAUAAAAACAUUCACACACAAGGCUGUCAGUGAUAGAUUAAUCCUUAGAUGAUAAAAAAAAAACAUUCACACACAAGGCUAUAAGCAAUAGAGUAAUAAUUAGAUGAUAAAAACAUUCACACACAAGGCUGAAGGCGAAGUGAAUUUAGUGGUGAAUAGUCCCCGAGACGCGCAGCGGGAAACACAGGGUUGCACAGGGAGUUGGAGGCCGAUUUUGCGCGUUCAUACAUUAUAAUGUAGAUUUAUUGUAGGUUAACAUGCUAUUUUGACGUUUUGAAGUUUGAUAACUUCGGGCGUAAAAAGGAACUUUUCGAUGGUCAUUCUACAAAUCGACUCAUUAUUCUGAGUUUUAGCGGUGAAUACUGUCCAUUUUUCCGAGAUAGCGAACCAAUCACAACCCGCCAUGUAUACCGUCUACUAAAUGCAAUGAUGUGCGGGUAUGCACAUGAUUAUUGAACUUUUUAUUUCCUUUUUCCAAACGGCUGGCCCGUGUGGAACUUAUUUAUAAGCCUCAAAGUGUAUUAUGUGUAAGUACAAGAAGUGUGGUAAUCUCACCACCAGCUACUAUCUAAAAUAUCUUGUAUGAUUUUUGUGAAAUAUUCACUUGCAAUUCUCAAAUCGCUUUUUAGUGUUCCAAAAGGUGUAUUUUCCUACUUUAUUUUCCAAAUAAUGACUGUAUAUUCAUAGAAUGUGUUAUGUUAUUUCCAAGCAAUGUUGAAAUCACUCACGUGAAACAGUUGUUUAGAGUUAUAGGGAAAAAUGGAAGUUAUAUCAUGUAAGAUGUACUUUUAGUAAACGAUAGCCAUAACUCCA